UAGCUGGCGUGCUCCUGGUUCAUUUCCGGUUUGUACAAGAACGGACGAGAAGGCUGGUGAUCCGCGGCCAGCACAUUGUACAGAUUUGUUUUUAACAUGGUCGUUUGAUACUUUUUAUUUUCCUUCCCCCUAAAACCAAAAUACACGAAGUCAAGACGAUGACAAAAGGAGAGACCGAAGGUGUCCCUGUGGAAACACCACAGUCAAAAAAGGCAGCAAAGAAACUGCAAAAAGAAGCAGAAAAGGCUGCAAAGAAGGCAGAGAAACAGGCCAAAUCGGCAACCGAAAACCAAGCAGGAGCUGAAGAGGACAUUGCUAAAGACAGAUAUGGAAUUCUUCCAUUGAUUCAGUCACAGGAAAAGCUGGACCGUGUUUUGGUUCAUGUGAAAAAUCUGACAGAAGAGAAAGCUGACCAGGUGGUCUGGCUCCGUUCCCGAGUCCACACCAGUAGAGCCAAAGGGAAGCAGUGUUUUUUAGUCCUGCGUCAGCAACAGUUUAAUGUCCAAGGACUUGUGGCUGUAGGAGACCAUGUGAGCAAACAGAUGGUCAAAUUUGCUGCUAACAUCAGUAAAGAGAGUAUAGUGGACGUGGAAGGUAUACUCAGGAAGGUGGAACAAAAGAUAGAGAGUUGUUCCCAGCAAGAUGUUGAGCUCCACAUUGAGAGAAUCUAUGUUAUCAGCGCAGCUGAACCACGCCUGCCUUUGCAGCUCGAAGAUGCAAUGCGCCCUGAAGCAAAUGAUGAGGAAGGAAGGGCUACUGUCAAUCAAGAUACAAGACUUGAUAAUCGAAUAAUUGACCUAAGGACGAUGACCAGUCAAUCUAUCUUUCGAUUGCAAGCUGGUGUAUGCCAACUGUUCCGGGAAACGCUAAUCAAAAAGGAAUUUGUUGAAAUCCAGACUCCCAAAAUUAUCUCAGCUGCCAGCGAAGGAGGUGCCAAUGUAUUUACUGUGUCCUACUUUAAAACCAGUGCUUACCUGGCUCAAUCACCACAGCUCUACAAGCAAAUGUGUAUUUGCGCUGACUUUGACAAAGUCUUUUGCAUUGGACCUGUGUUCCGAGCUGAGGAUUCUAACACACACCGCCACCUGACUGAGUUUGUUGGGCUAGACAUAGAGAUGGCAUUCAAUUACCACUAUCAUGAAGUGGUGAUGGAAAUUGCUGACACUCUGGUCCAGAUUUUCAAGGGUUUGAGAGAUAGGUAUCAGACUGAGAUUCAAACAGUAUGUAAACAAUAUCCAUGCGAACCUUUUAAGUUCUUGGAACCAACCUUGAGGCUGGAAUUUCCUGAAGCUGUGGCCAUGCUGAAGGAAGCUGGCGUGGAGAUGGGUGAUGAAGAGGAUUUGAGCACUCCAAACGAAAAGCUGUUGGGUCGCCUGGUGAAGGAAAAGUAUGAUACAGACUUCUAUAUCCUUGACAAAUAUCCUCUUGCUGUGAGACCUUUCUAUACAAUGCCAGAUCCACAUGAUCCCAAGUAUUCCAACUCAUAUGACAUGUUUAUGAGAGGAGAGGAGAUUUUGUCUGGUGCUCAGAGAAUCCACGAUCCUCAACUUUUAACUGACCGAGCACUCCAACUCGGGAUAGAUGUGGAAAAGAUAAAAUCGUAUAUUGACUCCUUCCGCUUUGGUGCUCCUCCACAUGCAGGUGGUGGCAUAGGUUUGGAACGGGUCACCAUGCUGUACCUGGGUUUGCACAACAUACGUCAAACAUCUAUGUUCCCACGUGACCCCAAGCGACUAACUCCUUGAAUGUGUCCAAAGUCUAGAAAGAUUUGAUCUAUCAUUACAAUCUGGUGUGUGUUUUUGCAAAAGUGAUCAGUAAUAAAUAUGACUGUGCCAAAAUUACAGCUCUUCCAUUGCACUGAUUGCUAAAUUCACAUUUGAUAAGAUUUUUAAAAGUUUCAAACUGCUUAAAUUAGACUUUUGAGCAUUGAAAAUAUGUAAAAAGUAAUACCAUCAUGACCAUUUUUAAUGUAACAAUUUGCAACAUAAUUUUUCAAGAAUAUAGGGAAUUUACUGCAAUGCAUAGAGAACUAUGUACAUUGGAUGCUUGUGGGAACUGUAAGAUGGCUCGCAUUAAUAACCUUAACUUGAAGUGGUAGAUCAAAGAAAGAAAAUUACAAGGUACAAGCGGUGAAGUGAUAACUUAGUGGUAGCAAUUUACAAUUUUAAAUUAAUUCUAGACACACCAAAUUCUAAUAAAUGGAUUAAUUACUUAAAAAGGAGUGA